AUUGAACUACUACAGCUAGGACGAGCUCAUUCAUGAAUUUAACAGUAUAAAAGUGUGUCAUUUGGGUGGCUGACAUGUAAACACAGUGACGUGGAUUUUAAUAUAUUUCUGAUCUACAUUCCUGGGUGCUUCGCUGUUCACUAUGCCAGGAAGAAAGAGAAAAUUGGUAGCACUAGCAGCAACAGCUGCACCUGAACAAACUGCAAACAAACGGACGGAUUCAACACAAAAGGACUCAAUUCAGUGUGGAAGUGCUGGGAUUGAACGAAGCCAUUAUUUUACCACAAAGAAUAACAUACAGGACAGACUAGGAGAGGAUUUUUUCAACCAACCAUGCAUUAGUUUGGCUAAAGCGUUCCUGGGCAAGGUGUUGGUCCGCAUGUGUGAAGAUGGUACUGAGCUGCGAGGAAGAAUAGUGGAAACUGAAGCCUACCUUGGAGGAGAAGACAAAGCCUCACACUCAGCAGGAGGCAAACGCACUGAGAGAAAUACAGCCAUGUUCAUGAAGCCCGGAACAAUCUAUGUGUAUACAAUCUAUGGCAUGUACCUCUGUAUGAACGUGUCCAGUGAAGGAGAAGGUGCUGCUGUGCUGCUGCGAUCCCUCGAGCCCCUGCAGGGUCAGCCAGUCAUGAGGCAGCUGAGGGAAGCCAGACGCAAAGAGGGAGCACGGCAACUGAAGGACAAAGAGCUCUGCAACGGGCCCUCCAAGCUGUGCCAGGCUCUGAAUAUACCUCGCUGUUUUGACCGGCGAGACCUAGCCUCAGACCCAGAGGUGUGGCUUGAGAGGGACCCAAACACUGAUCUGGCAGCAAACAGCGAUAUAGUAUCAGCACCACGUGUAGGAAUUGACUCCCAUGGGGAAUGGGCCAAGAAGCUGUGGCGCUUUUAUCUUCGUGGCCAUCCCUGUGUUAGCGUUGUGAAUAAAGAGGCAGAAAAACAGGCUCUGUCUGGAAAAGUGAUGAACAAUUUGGAGCCCUCAGAUGUGCAGUCUGACACAGGACAGCACAAUGUCAGUAGGACUUAAAGGGACUGUAACAGAAACUAUUCUGCCAUCUGUUCCCAUUUUCUAAGCCAGUAAAGCUUAAAAAAAAUCUGUUGAUCCAACAUAUGAAAUAUGCCUAAAAAUAUUUGUAUUUUUAUAAUUUGUUGCAGAAAUGAAGAUGGAAAAAUCUUCUACUACCUGUUUAGAGAUUUAUUUACAUAAAUUAAACAAAUGUUUCCAAUCUUUAUGCUUUGAUUUACUCUUCUCAGUAAUUUUACAGAUGUUUGGAAAUAUCUCCUUCCCUAAAAGCAAAAACUGCCUGUCUGUUUGGAGUCUUCCCUUUCUUGCUGUCUUUUCUCCCCACCCUG